CUGCCCUCGUCUACGGGACAGGACGAGGCCGAAGCACGAGUUCUUUGUGGACAUGACCUGCGAAGGCUGCUCCAAUGCGGUCACCCGUGUCCUGCACAGGCUGGGAGGUGUCCAGUUUGAUAUUGACCUGCCCAACAAGAAGGUGUGCAUCGACUCAGAGCACAAGGUUGACACCCUAUUGGAAACCCUAAAGAAGACUGGAAAGAACGCUUCCUACCUUGGGGAGAAGUCCGCGCAGUAGCCUUGCCUGGUGUGAGGAGGCUAGGAACUCAAACAUGACUUCAGCAAAAAGAUGGCUUAACUGUUUGCAUAUGUCCCAACUUGCUCUGUCAUUUGACCUUUACUACCCUGCCAGAUGUCGGAAAGCAGAGGGCUGGCAGGAGGAGACAACUGCGUCUUGGGGUUUAAAACUGGAGAAAUCUAAGGGAGGAGGUUAUAUGCUGUUUCUAGUCCCACAGUAAAUCAAGGUGCUGCUUCUGUCUUUCAGUGCAUGUCUAUGUGUCUU